UUUGCCGAUCAUACUUCGGCAAACGCGGUGUUUAACAGAGAUGAUCAGCUUGGACAUGCGAUGGCGGUGUGUUGUCCUUGUCCAGGUGUAUUCAAUUGACGUAAACACUGUUGUGGUCUUACUUGGCCUCUCCCAUCGGUCCGUCACACGGUUCAUUGCGCAGUUCAUGAAGACGGGGACUGUCGAUGCUAUGCGCAAGUCAAGGAAGAAGAACCGUUGGCCCGUUCAAGUGAACGAAUGGAUCCUACAGUACACAACACGUCAUCCUACAGUACACAACACGUCAUCCGUGCUUCUACAUCGAAGAGCUCCAAGACGCGCUGAGGUUGGAAUUCCCCACGCUUGGAAAUGUCUCCCAAGCUACCAUUUGUCGCGCAUUGAUGCACGAUUUGGGCUUGACUCGAAAAGUGCUUGAAAAGCGAGCUCGCGAAGCGGCAGAUUUUGAGCUACAUGACUACUACCGUCGACUCCGCCCAUUUUAUUCCAAUCCCGACCAGUUGGUGUUUGUCGACGAGACAUCAAAAGACGGCCGUGAUGCCUUGCGGAAGUACGCCUGGUCGAAGCGGAACACAAAUGCCAUUGUCGCAUUGCCUUUUUCACGUGGACAGUGGGUGUCUGCAUUAGCUGCAUUUUCCACUGGCGGUUUUUUGUCCUGGGACUAUGUUGACGGAAAGUUCGAUCGGGAUCGUUUUCACAAGGUUAUGACGGAUCGUAUACUUUCGUACUUAAACCCGUGGCCGUUGCCUCGAUCUAUCCUGAUCUUGGAUAAUGCUAAGAUCCAUAUGUACAAGGAGCUCCAAAACGCGGUGCUAUCGACGGGAGCGUUGUUGUUGUUUUUGCCCCCAUACUCCCCACAACUAAAUCCGAUCGAAGUCGGAUUUAGUCUUCUCAAACGGUGGAUCAACAAAUACCCCAUGGCGUUUCGCUUUGAUAUUCGUGCGACCUCGGACGUUGCCUUUGUUGAGUGCACUAACCAGCGCGACGACGUUGGGUACAACCUCUAUCGAUAUUGCGGGUACAACACGGACGACCUCGACAAAGGCACUUUUCAAAUGUCUGAGAUGUAGAUUUUAGAAAUACAACUACAAUUUUACGUUA